AUGGAGAAGGCCAACUGGAGCUCCCUGGAGAUAGAGUUCACUAUCGUGGGACUCUCUGACUACCCACAGCUGGUGACAACUUUCUUCGUGCUGGUCCUGCUGAUGUACCUGGUGAUCCUUCUGGGGAAUGGGGUCCUCAUCCUGGUGACUGUCUUGGACUCCCGCCUGCACACGCCCAUGUACUUCUUCCUGGGGAACCUCUCCAUCCUGGACAUCUGCUACACAACCUCCUCAGUCCCUCUGAUCCUGGACAACUUCCUGAGACCCCAAAAACCCAUCUCCUUUUCAGCUUGUGUAGCACAGAUGGCACUGUCCUUUGCCAUGGCAGGAACGGAGUGUCUGCUUCUGAGUAUAAUGGCGUUUGACCGCUAUGUGGCCAUCUGCAGCCCACUUAGGUACCAUGUGAUCAUGAGGGAGGCUACCUAUAUACCUUUGGCUGCCAGCUCCUGGGCUAUUGGUGGUGCUGCAUCUGUGUUACACACAUCCUUGACAAUUCGGCUUCCCUUCUGUGGGGACAACAUCAUCAACCACUUCACCUGUGAGAUGUUGGCUGUCCUAAAGUUGGCCUGUGCUGAUAUUUCCAUCAAUGUGAUAAUUAUGGGUGUUACAAAUGUUAUCUUCCUGGUGGUCCCAGUCCUAUUCAUCUCUAUCUCCUAUGUGUUCAUCAUUGCAACCAUUCUGAGGAUCCCUUCAGUAGAGGGCAAGAAAAAAGCCUUCUCUACCUGCUCUGCCCACCUCACAGUCGUGGUCAUCUUCUAUGGGACCGUACUAUUCAUGUAUGCAAAGCCCAAGUCUAAGGACUCUCUAGGGGAAGAGAAACAGGACCUUUCAGACAAGCUCAUCCCCUUCUUCUAUGGCUUAGUGACCCCCAUGCUCAACCCCAUCAUCUAUAGUCUGAGGAACAAGGAUGUGAAGGCUGCUGCAAGGAACCUGGUGGCUAGGAAAUGCUUCUCCCAGUGA